AUGCAAGCCCUCCUUGCAUUUAAACAAGGCCUCGUGGAUGACGACAAUCGCCUCCUUUCAUGGGGAAGAGAAGUGCAAAACAAAGACUGUUGCCAAUGGGCCGGAGUCUACUGCAGCAACCACACUGACCAUGUUGUUAAGCUUGAGCUUGAAUACGAAUCUUUGCAAGGUACGAUUAGUCCUAAACUCGUUGAGUUGCAUCAUUUGGAGUAUUUGAACCUAGGUUUCAAUAAUUUCAAUGGUUCAAUUCCUGAUGUUUUCGGAAACAUGAGCUCUCUUGCAUAUCUUUCUCUCUCUGGUAGCAGACUUAAAGGAGGGAUCCCAAAUUCGUUUGCCAAGUUAUGUAGGUUGCGAGAGUUGCACCUUGAUGGUAAUAGCCUGAGUGGACAAUUUUCAGACUUUAUUGACAUAUUGUCUAAAUGCGUUCAAAACACAUUAGAGAUUUUGGAUAUCUCUUUGAAUCAUGGCAUUAUGGGUUCAGUGCCUGAUCUCACGAACUUUUUAUCAUUGAAAUACUUGUUGCUCAGGGGCAAUAAAUUAAGUGGAAGAAUACCUGAAAAUAUUGGACAGAUGUCCAAGUUGGAGGUUAUUGAUUUUGGUAGGAAUUCUUUGGAAGGAGUGAUUUCAGAAAUCCAUUUCUCGAAACUCUUCAACUUAAUGGAUUUGUCUUUAUCCUCUAACUCACUAGUUUUAAACUUCAGUUUUGAUUGGGUUCCUCCCUUCCAGUUGGAAUCGAUAAUGUUGAGGUCUUGUAAGAUGGGGCCGUUUUUCCCAAAAUGGCUUCAAACUCAGAAAAAGGUUUUAUUUCUUGAUAUUUCUGAUAAUGGAAUUACUGAUACCCUUCCCAGUUGGCUUUCACAUGGAUUAUACUCUACGGAUAUCUCUCAGAAUCAAAUUAGAGGAACACUUGGGAAUUGGAAAUCGACGUUUCCACCUCAGCUAAAUGUGAGUUGGAACCAAUCGGAGGGUCCAAUCCCUUCAAUGUUAUCAGAAAUUUACUUAUUAUUCGAUCUAUAG